GAGGGAGGCCGGUCGGCUGCGGGCGGGCGGGCAGCGCAGCGCCGAGCAGGGCCCGUGGGCCCAUGAGGAGGCCCGGGGACCAUGGGCUCCAGGAUCAAGCAAAAUCCAGAGACCACAUUUGAAGUGUAUGUUGAAGUGGCCUAUCCUGGGAAAGGUGGCACUCUUUCAGAUCCUGAGGUGCAGAGGCAAUUCCCGGAGGACUACAGUGACCAGGAAGUUCUUCAGACUUUGACCAAGUUUUGUUUCCCCUUCUAUGUGGACAGCCUCACAGUUAGCCAAGUUGGCCAGAACUUCACGUUUGUGCUCACUGACAUUGACAGCAAACAGAGAUUCGGAUUCUGCCGCUUAUCUUCAGGAGCGAAGAGCUGCUUCUGUAUCUUAAGCUAUCUCCCCUGGUUCGAAGUAUUUUAUAAGCUACUUAACAUCUUGGCAGAUUACACGACAAAAGGACAGGAGAGUCAACGGAAUGAGCUUCUUGAAACCCUGCACAAAAUUCCCGUCCCUGACCCAGGAGUAUCUGUUAAUCUCAGCAUGCAUUCUUAUUUUACUGUGCCUGAUACCCGAGAACUUCCCAGCAUACCUGAGAAUAGAAAUCUGACAGAAUAUUUUGUGGCUGUGGAUGUAAACAACAUGUUGCACCUGUAUGCCAGUAUGCUGUACGAACGGCGGAUACUCAUCAUUUGCAGCAAACUGAGCACUUUGACUGCCUGCAUCCAUGGGUCUGCCGCCAUGCUCUACCCCAUGUACUGGCAGCAUGUGUACAUCCCCGUCCUGCCACCACAUCUGCUGGAAUACUGCUGUGCUCCCAUGCCCUACCUCAUAGGAAUCCAUAUAAGUUUAAUGGAGAAAGUCAGAAACAUGGCCCUGGAUGAUGUUGUAAUCCUGAAUGUGGACACCAACACCCUGGAAACCCCUUUUGAUGACCUCCAGAGCCUCCCAAAUGAUGUGAUUUCUUCACUGAAGAACAGACUGAAGAAGGUCUCCACAACCACUGGUGAUGGUGUGGCUAGAGCAUUCCUCAAGGCCCAGGCUGCUUUCUUCGGGAGCUACCGAAACGCUCUGAAAAUUGAGCCGGAGGAACCAAUCACCUUCUGUGAGGAAGCCUUCGUGUCCCACUAUCGUUCCGGAGCCAUGAGGCAGUUCCUGCAGAAUGCCACGCAGCUGCAGCUCUUCAAACAGUUUAUUGAUGGUCGAUUAGACCUUCUUAAUUCUGGUGAAGGUUUCAGUGAUGUUUUUGAAGAGGAGAUCAACACGGGCGAGUAUGCUGGCAGUGAUAAACUGUACCAUCAGUGGCUCUCCACAGUCCGGAAAGGAAGUGGAGCUAUUCUGAAUACUGUAAAAACGAAAGCAAACCCAGCCAUGAAGACUGUUUAUAAGUUUGCAAAAGAUCAUGCAAAAAUGGGAAUAAAAGAGGUGAAAAACCGCUUGAAGCAAAAGGACAUCACCGAGAAUGGCUGCACCCCCACCACCGAAGAGCAGCUGCCGAAGACUGUGCCGUCCCCCCUGGUGGAGGCCAAGGAUCCCAAGCUCCGAGAAGACCGGAGGCCAAUCACAGUCCACUUUGGACAGCCAGAAAGACCCGGUCCCACUCGACCACCGCCUCCCAAGAUACAGCGCUCAUCGAGGCCCGUGCGUCCUCCUCGUCCACAUGUUGUUAAGAGACCGAAGAGCAACAUCACCGUGGAAGGCCGGAGGAUGUCCGUCUCGAGCCCUGAGCACCUGGUAAAGCCCUUGCGACACUACGCGGUCUUCCUCUCCGAAGACUCCUCUGACGAUGAAUGCCAGCGGCAAGAGGGCCCCAGCGCUGGCUUCACCGAAAGCUUUUUCUUCUCCGCUCCCUUUGAAUGGCCACAGCCAUACCGGACACUCAAAGAGUCUGACAGCGCAGAAGGCGAGGAGGUGCCGAGUCCAGAGCAGCGGGCUCGGGAACCCGUGGCUCCAGCUCCUCCGGACCGGGUGGCCAGCAUCGACCUCCUGGAAGACAUCUUCAGCAGCCUGAACGUGGAGGCCCCCCUACAGCCUCUGGGCCAGGCCAAGAGCUUGGAGGACCUUCGGACCCCCAAAGACCUGAGGGAGCAGUCAGGGAGCUUUGACUAUCAGAGGCUGGACCUGGGCGGGAGCGAGAGAAGCCGGGGGAUGCCGGCGGCCUUGAAACUUGCUCAUCCAUACAACAAGCUUUGGAGCCUGGGCCAGGACGACAUGGCCAUCCCCAGAAAGCCCCCUGCCGCCUCCCCCGAGAAGCCCUCAGCCCUGCUCGGGAACUCCUUGGCACUGCCCUACAGGCCCCAGAACCGGGACAGCAUCCUGAACCCCAGUGACAAGGAGGAGGCACCUGUCCCCGCUCUGGGCAGUAUUACCAUUCCCCGACCCCAGGGCAGGAAGACCCCAGAGCUGGGCAUCGUGCCCCCACCACCUACUGCCCGUCUGGCCAAGCUCCAGGCUGCUGGUGCCGCAUUUGGUGACAUCUCCUCAGAGCGGCCACAGGCCAAACGAGAAAAGCAAGCUGCCUGGAGCCCAGCCCCGUUCCCAGGGCUUCUCCCCGGUGGAGCCCCUCACGGCCCCACUGAACUGCUCCAGCCGUGCAGCCUGGCCCCAGGGCCUACAGGUAUGGGCAGCGACACCCUGCUUGCCCUCCUGGACCCACUUAACACAGCCUGGUCGGGCAGCACCCUUCCAGCAGGUCCUACCGCCCCAAAUGUAGCCACCCCAUUCACCCCUCAGUUCAGCUUCCCCCCUGCAGGGACCCCCACCCCAUUCCCACAGCCCUCACUCAACCCCUUUGUCCCAUCUGUGCCAACAGCACUGCCCACCGUGCCCCUGGUCUCCACACCAGCCGGGCCUUUCGGGGCCCCUCCUGCCCCCUUGGGGCCACCUUUUACACCUGGCCUCCUGCUGUCACAUUCUGGCUUCUGUGCCCCACAUAGAUCCCAGCCCAUGUCUGCCCUCUCCAUGCCCAACCUCUUUGGCCACAUGCCCAUGGGCACUCACACCAGCCCCCUGCAGCCGCUGGGCCCCCCAGCUGUCGCCCCUUCGAGAAUCCGAACAUUGCCCCUGGCCCGCUCAAGCUCCAGAGCUGCAGAGGCCAAGCAGGGGCUGGCACGGAGGCCUGGAGAGCCCCCUCUCCUUCCUCCCAAACCCCCCCAGCGCCUGGAGCCAGCACUGAAGCCUUCGGCUCCUCUUCGAGAGGCCAGAGAUCCUUUUGAAGAUCUGUUACAGAAAACCAAGCAGGACGUGAGCCCGGCCCCAGCCCCAGGCUCAGUGGAGCAGCUCAGGAAGCAGUGGGAGACAUUCGAGUGAGCGAGGGCCCUUGAGGAGUGGGGGAGCGAGCAGAGGCCCGAGCGCUGUGCCCAAGCCCACUGCUGUGGUGCCCACGUGAGCCGGCCCUCUGCUUUUCCUGCCCCCCGUCCCCAUUUCUCUGCCCAUUUCUGCCCAGGCACUGCUGAUGGGGAGGGUUGGGCCCCUCUCUGCUUCCCCCUCCUCCUCUUCCACACCUCUGAGGUGUGGCCACUGGAGAAGGCACUGGUCCCCACCUGGGAACUGACCCUGCCACCACCCAUCCCCAGCACCCUGGAUUUGGGUUUUGCACUAAAGAGGCCAGCUGGGCCACUGACUGCCCUAAACCCAUCCUGCCCACCUUCCUUCUGGAAACCUCCCAGGAACAGCCACGAGGGUCUUCCAGGCCUUUCCUCUGAGCUCAGCUCUCCUGUUCCAACUGUGUCCCAACCCAAGGACCCCACCUGGAGGCACACUUGUUGGUGUUACCCUCAGCGUGAGUGCAUCUGCACGAAACACAGAUGGGUGGGGGCAGUUGUAGUAAGGGACACCACUGCCCCGGGCUGGAGGAUCUGGCAGGACACUUCCAAACCCUCUCUAGCAAUACACACACUCGUUCUUUCCCAAGUCCUCACUCCGACCCCCAAACUUCAGUUGUUUUGGGCUUAGUAGGGAUUUGGGGGCUGAGGGAUCCUUGGGAUCCCUGGUGAUAGCCAAACACAGCCCCAACCAGCCCUGCUUGGGGGCUGGGAGCACCAGCAACUCUGAUUUUUAGAAGAAAAAAUAAAAACAUGUAAAUGUGAGGGUGUUAGGAGGGGCUGUCAACCCUCGUACAGCUCUCUGUCACUCUGACACAUGUUCUUCUGGUCUCUUGUAUCACGGUCGAAGCUGGGGCUCGGCCUUUUGUCACUUGGGCUUCGAAGGCGGAGCCAAGCAGCAGAAGCCCAGAUUCCAACUCAAAGGUCAACUUAGUGCCACCAACCGAUGUGGGGGUCACAGAAGCCGGAGCCCCCCUGGGUCAGGAAUGAGCAGUGGCCCUGAGCCCUUCUCCAGGCCCCCAGGGGAGUGGACAGACUUGGUGUCUUUCAGCCUGGACACCGGAGCAUCCCCUCCCCACCCAAUGCACGUUCUCGCCAGCAUAGAAAUUCCUGUGGCCAAGGGCACUAAAGUUAAAUUGAAAUGUUUUGUUAUUGUUUCUUUUAUCUUUCUUUUUUUACCUUGCUGAAUUGAUGUAUCUUGAAAUUGACUGAUUUCCAUAAACCAAGUUAAAAUAUG